GUAAGAUUUAAUAACUCUCUUUACACUGGACAAGAUAUGUCGCCCAUUACAUUGUUUAUAACAACUUUGUUAGCAAGUCAUGGUGCGUUUGCGUGGGUAGGGCUUAUAAAACGCGAUCCAUCAACACCCGACGCAGAUGGGUAUUGUUACAGCGGAAUGUAUGAACUAGGCUCCUUUGAAAAGAGCGAAACUAAAAGAAUUGGCGACCUUUGCGCCGUUGCAACUUGUCAAGAAGAUCGAGAUAUUCUACUCAGUGGAUGUGCCCCAAUACAAGCUCGGCCGCCAUGUUACGUCAUGCCUGGUAUAUUAUCGAAGCCCUUUCCUGACUGUUGUUACGAAAUCAAAUGCGUAAACGAAAAGGACGUCAAGGACAACUCCAUCGACACCGAGACAUCAUGAGCAGGAAUAUUUAAUUAAACGAAAUUUUUGUCCAUAUAUUCAAUAUAUUUACUUUAUUAAAU